AUGACUGCUAAUCGUGUAUUAAGCGUGUUGACGCAGGUGUUGGCGGUCGUAGUGUUCCUGGCACUAGUGGCUGGGUUCUUUGCUUUCAUUGCCCCAUUUUUGGAGCCCCGCCCGCUGCAAAUUGCCGGCAUAGCCUGCUACUCCCUGCUGGCGGUUCUGGUUUCAGGCCUUUGGCUGUACGGCGCGUUAUGUAACCCCGCCGAUCCUGCCAUUCUGGCGGAGGCGGCGGCCAAGGCACAGCUGCAACUAGUGGAAGCGUCCUUGAGCCCUCGGGGGGGUACGGGGCUUGUCGCGGGCUCCUUGUGCUGCUCACGUGCCAAGGCCGCACUGUUGGGCGGCAAGGCAAGGGCUUCGCAGACAGUCACAUCAGAACCGGUCGAUCUAGAGAAGGGCAAAGUCGGAUGGAAGAAACCGGAGACGCGGGCUUCCGCCUGGAGCUGCAAGGAAGCGGAAGGGAAUGGAGACGAGCGGAACGGAUCGGUGGAAGAGAAACUGUUCUGUACGAUCUGCUGCGUGGCGGUGCGCAAGACGAGCAAGCACUGCCGCGCGUGCGACAAGUGCGUCGACCAUUUCGAUCAUCACUGCCGGUGGCUCAACAACUGUGUUGGAAAGGUCAACUACCGCCCCUUCUUCGUCCUCCUAACGUGCACGCUCGCGCUGCUACUGUUGCAAAUCGCCCUGGGAGCCGCCACAGCCGUCCGAUGCUUCCAGGGCGAAUGGGCGCACGCCACGCGUCUUCACGAGGUUUACGGCGCGAGCGUUAACCGAGCGGGUUUAGAAACGGCGCUGAUAUUCUUCUGCGCGCUCGCGGCCGCGGCUUCGCUGCCACUUGGCGAGCUCUUCUUCUUCCACGUGUUGCUCUGGCGGAAGCAGCUGACGACGUACGAUUACGUCCUCGUAAUGCGCGACGUCAAAGCGCGCGAGGAGGCGGCCGCGCAGGAGCGCGAGGAGCGGCGCCAGCUCGCGCAGGCCGACGAAAAGGGCGGCGCGUUUUGCGCGGGGUGCUGCCCGGACGUUGCGGCGAUUGCGCGGGACGUCGGCAACGGGCGGGUGUUGCCGUCUCUCGAGGCUCAACCGUCUCCACUAUCGGACGGUUCCGAUUUGAAGUUGAAGAAGCUGAAGGCGGAAAAGGCCAAACGGACGGUUCGGAUCAGCGCUUGGAAACUCGCGCAGCUGACGCCCGAGGAAGCGGCAAAGAUCACGAAGGAUAUCAAGGACAAGUCGUCGAUCCUGCGGCCGCUGCCGAGGUUCCCGGGUUCCGCCCCCGCUGCUGCCGCUGCGGAAACAACGGGCCCCGUUCCGCCGGAAGCCGCCCACAAGGCAGCACAGAACCAGGGACGAGAAGAUGACGCGGCCCUCAGCAAGGCCCCAGAACCAAUCCUAGUUACCGGUGACCGCCAACUGGGUCACGAAAAUCCGUCACAGGAACCGUCCAGUCUAGAAACGUCACCAACUUCCACUUCGGGUCAGUUUGACCCAGCUGCUUCACCAAAUAACCGCGCCCCUUACUCGACACCGUCAGCUGACGUCCCGACCGCGUCAGCAGAUUCUCCUACGUUCGUCUCCGGAGUCAGAAGCAGAGCACAGUCCCAGAUCGACAAGAACGACCGGCCGCUAACCGGCCGCUCAAUGACGGCCUCGGUAGAGGUCGCCGACUCCCUUUCGCCCGUAACCUUUAGCGGGGCCCGCCAGGGCCGGGCGCCCGAGCGAACCCCUAGAAGUUCCCGCGACUUGCGGGAGGACCUCUCCCGGUCGCCUAGCCGAGAGUCCGAUCGUCCCAGGGUCUCGUCCGCGCGGCGGGACCACCCGCUUUCCGCCUCGGAACCGAGCGGAAAGCGGGCGGAAUUGAGGGAAGCGUCCCCUCGGGGGCCUGUUCACACCCCUGUAAAUGCGCCCGGCUCGAAAAGCUCGACCCCGGCCAAUAGCCGGCCGCCCUCGAGCCGCUCCUUGCACACUCCGCGGACGCUCCCCCGGGGGGAUCCCUACCGGUCGUCGUAUGACGCGAGCAUGACGUCAUCGGAGCGCACUCCGAGCGGGCACGUCCUGCUGGGCGGACAACCGGGGCAUCAUCGGCGGUCGUCUCGAGAGAACGUGGAUCCGAGGCGGAGUUCGACGGAAAGGGGGGGUGAAGUCAGGGCAGCUUCGCCACCCCUGAGGGAGGGGCGGGUCAACCUAGAACAGGAGGUGCGUCAGCAGGGGAGCCCAAAAGAUGCCAAAAGGGAUCCUUGA